AUAGAAGACCAACUACGACAAAGGCCGAUGAUGUUCAACCAACUUUACGACCGAGAGGAGCUCGAAGACGUGAAGAAACAGACUCUAGUACGAGAGUUCCAGAAUCAAAAACACAAGUCCGAACAAGAGGUCGAAGUAGGUUCUCAGAAAAUGAUUCAGCAGCGAUAAGUACUGAAACAACUGUUCAGCCUUACCGUAACCAACAAUCACAAUCAAGAAGACUGCAAUCUAGAAUCAAAAGCCGUUUCGCGGAUACUGAAGCUUCAUUGGAAAAACCUAUGAAUCGCCAAAAUAUCAUCCGCUCAAGACAAAAUUCAAGAAGAAAUCUAAUUCAAUCAAGUACAACAGCAGCAACAAGUGUAUACAUGGAUGAAGGAAGAUCAUCAACACUGUCAUACAAUGGUAAUAAAAUAGAAUCUACAAAUCAAAUACGGCGACGAGGUCCUACUGAACAAACACUAGUUACACAAACCACAAGAGGAGAAGAAAAUUCGCUAGGAAAUGUAACCGAUACAUCUAAGGAUACUGUUGUUGAUGAUGUAGUAAUAGCAAAUCAAUUCAGGCGAAGCUCAACACAGAGUACAAUGGAAAAAAUCCCUACGAUCCGGACACGUGGAAAUAUAAAGACAAGAACAAAACCUAUUGAUCUUGCUGCUUCAGGAACAAUAAAUACUAUGACUACUUCAAUUAGAGAAGAAACUACAAUUAAAACAGUUGACGUAAGAAAUUCAAGAAGGUUAAGGUAUAAAUCUCGACCAUCUCAAACAGAUACAAAUUUAACCGGCGAAGGGCUAGUAACUUCUAAGAUCAUGCAAAAAAUUGAUAGUUCCACUAACCAAAAUGAGAAAAAACCUACAAAUUUCACUAUACCUAAUAAUGAUGUUAAAGAUGCUACUGAUAAAAGUGUAUUAUCAAAUUCACCAAAACGCCAUAUCGUUGUUAAACGGCCACACAAAAGCAACGGUGAGCAUCAUACUGCAGUAGUCACUAAAACUAAAAUUUCAGAAGAGAUAAGUGAAGAUGAUAACUAUCCAGAAAGUUUUAAGGCACUUUUGCAAGCUAAAAAUGCAACACACAUAAGCUCUCCUUCUGGCGAGAGUUUGUCAGUGAAGGCAUCACAAAAAGUAUCUAAAACUCAUCCAACACCUAUCCAACAAUUUCAAACCGGCCCAGAUAAAGAUAACGUUUCUCGGCUUCGUAAGAAACUAAAAAAAGACCAAAAUAAUGAAAGUGUAUUAGAUAAACAAAUAGAUUUACCUGUUAGCACCAAUUAUUCGUCAUCGGAGUCACCAAAAACCAAAUCUUUUGAUUAUAAGCCUAGAGGAACCUACCUGCCGAGAAACAAAAGUCAAAGAGUAAAUAAUUUACGCUUAGAAUCUUCAAGCACUUUUCGUCCUGCAAGUGAAGGACCCUACAAAUUUAGUAGAAAAUUUAAAGCAAGUACAACUCCAACUCCCAAUACUGAUGCUAUUCUAAAAACGAAACGUGUUGAAUCAAAUUCCGAACCAAAAAAGCCAGUUGUUCGUUCUUCACUUUAUACACGAAAAAAUAAUCCAUUUAAAGAAAGUACCAAAGAACCGGUAAAUAGAAAAAACGACAGAGUUCAAAGUGAAAGCUUUUUUAAACCUCGGGGUGCAACAUUACCCAGAACUUCAUAUUACUCCAAACAAUAUCUUCAAAGAAAUAUCAGUCUGAGUCCAGAAUCGACAUCAUUGAAUGAUGUUCUAAACGAUUCUAAUUCCAAAAUUGCAGACAAAAAAAGUGAUGACUCUCCAGGGUUUCCCUUAAUUUUUACAAGUUCGAACAACUCCGAUGAAAAUUUUAUCGUGAAUACUAAAAAGGUAGAUAAUGGUUAUUCUAUGAAUAACAAAGAAACUUAUGAUAAUAAUACUGAGCGAUCAAAUGUUAACAGUAUAGAAGAAAGUGAAAAAAAUUUAGCCACUGACGUGACUACUCAAAAGUAUCAUGCAAAUUAUAAGGCAAAAUUAGAUUCAUCGUACAUCGAUAAAAACACCAGUGUAACCACACCAACAAUCACAAAUUUUCGGACAAAGAACUAUGGACGGAAAUCUGCUAAUUUUCAAGAAAAGCAACAGACUAUCAAUAAUUUGAAAGAAAGGAAUCAGAGAAAAAUUGGCGGAAAAAUCUCAAAAACUACUGAAGUACCAGAAAAUAGCAUAGCACCGGAACCCGAAAAACCUAAAAACAAGUUUAGUUCUAAAUACAGAGCAUCAAAUAUUGACAGACCAUUUUACAAACCAACUGUACCCACUGUAACACCUUCAACUGUUGAGGGGGAAGAAAUACAAUUAGGGCCAGACAUGAAUGCUAUUGCUUUUACUAGGACACGUGGUCAGUUGUCUUCGGCUGAUUUAAGACUUUCCGAAAGCUUAGCAAAACCGUUGCAAGUAUUGAAUGUUGAAGCAUCAAAUCACUCACCUUCAGUAACAGUUUCUAUAUUCGAUGCUUUAGCUGAAAUACUCACAUCUACACCCAAACCCCGGUUAUCAUCGACAACUGAAGUACUUCCAAAACAAAACGUCGAUGAAAGUGUAAAUGUUUCCCUAGAUGGCGUGAGUAGCAACAUAAAUGUAAAUACUGACACAGGCUUAGCAAAUAAAGAUACAAUGAAUGCACAGGACAUUGUAAGCACGAGUGCUAUAAAUGUACAAACUACUGAAGCAAUAAAAUCCAAUGUGUUUAACAGUUUACUGGUUGGGGAAAAUGUUACACCACCUAUAAAAGAGGAGAAUCAAAACACAUUCUCAACCUCGUCCCAUCCUACAACUUUUCCUACUCCUACAACUCCCUUAUCCGCAAGAAAACCAUUUGCAAUAAGAGUGUUAUAUUCCGAUACCGUAACUCCAAAAUACGAUAUGACGACUGCAGCAACUACAACGAAUUCGAAGUCGACUGACAAUGCGACUAUGGUAUAUAAUACUGUAUCUGAUCUUUUGUUAUCUAACAACAAAUUAGUAUCUACUGAACUAACAAGCAUGUUAACAAAUAAUAUAAAAAGUAUAAUUGACAGUUUGGACGAAGAAAGUAAAUCUAGACUAUCAGUAGAUAUGACUAAAAUUUUAAAUUCUAUGAUUCCCGAGGCUUCACGCAAAAUCCCAACCACAGUAUCAACUUUAAUUCCCGACACAACUCCCUACAGCAUGGAGGAUAUUAACGAUACUGCCAACAUUAAUAUUGACGAUGAUGAUGAUGAUAAAUCUUAUAAUGGAAUCAGUCAAGUAUCAAGUACCCUCCAAGAUGUAGAGAACAUUAAUAGUGUAAAUAGUAGAACCACAGAAAAUCCUUUGCAUGUAUAUAGUUCACAAGCUUCUGAAACAGCACACAAAUCUGAACAUGAAGACACUACUACUACUAUGUACAACAUCGAUAUUAUACCGUUUCCUAAAUCACAAAACGAUUUCCGAACAAAUGGUUCGCCAACUGAAAACAUGUCAUUUGAUUCAAAUAGUAACUAUUUUGAUAAACAAGUUCUAUCACCACUGUUUACACCUAACAUUAAAAUAAAUAAGUUGUAUGAAUCAAAUAAUGCUCAGAAUAAUUUAGACAAAGUAUCUGAUAUUGAGUUAUGGAUUUUAUCUAAAAAAGCUCGAGUUUUAAAAAUGAUAGAGGAUAUAUUACGUGAACAUAACGAUGAGAUAUCGAAUCCACCAUUGCAAAGUUUUAAUAUAUCUGACAUUUCAUUCUCAAGCCGUUUAUCGGAAAUUAUGACCACAAUGAACCAAAAAACUAGGAAUACUGACUUACCUGACUCAAUAACAACAAAACAAGACAUAACACCUAUUACUCCCAACUCUCCUUCUACCUUAUUUACUUCCUCUAAUGUAAUCCAAGAAAUAAGUUCAAUGACUUCUACAGAGUUAAUGGCACCUGACCCUAAAUUAGUCCCAACAACAGAGAGUAUUAUCGAAAUGAGCUCACAAACUGGUACAGCUAUUUCUAAUACACAAAGUGUGGAAACCAGUACUCAAUAUAAUGAAAGUAAUGAUAAUUUACUUGCGACAACGGAAUCAUUUAUUGACGAUAUAAAAAUGCCAGAAAGUGUCUCUGGAAUUAAUUUCAGAAAUUUUAUAAUGGAUUCUUCAACAACCCAAGUUAUAGAAAACGAUAGUGUUUCCAUUAGUACAACAGGGUCACCUUUUGACUCUAUGAAAAUUGAAGAAAAUAUUGCCACUGAAAGUGAUUUAAAUAAUAACAUUGUUGAUGAUGGCACAACUACCCAAAUUAUAUUCAAUGAGGUUUUUUCCAUUACUACAGCAGCAUCACCUAUCGAGACUAUAAAAAUGUUGGAAAAUGUAACCACUGAAACUGACUCCAAUAAUUAUAGUUCCUCAACUACCCAAAUGACAAUUAAUGAUGAUAUUUAUAUCACUACAACGGUACCACAGAUAAAUAAUUUAAAACUGGAUGAAAACGUCACUGAAAGGGAUGUGGAGAAUAUUACUGAAAACUUCUUUACUCCUGAAGUGAUUACAAAUCCUGAUAGUGUUGAAAAUGCUACCACGGAAAAUAUAUUGAUGGAUUCUUCUUUUAUGAGUACUACAACUGAAAAUGAUUUAGAAGCCCUACAAAAAUCAGGUAUCAAAUCAACGACAACCUUUGUAUCACAAGUGAAUUCAUCAAAUGAACUAGUAACUGUUAGUAAUCAAAUUAAAAUGUCACCUCAAUCGAGUAUUCCAAGAAAAGACUAUUUUAUUUUUGGAAUAUUGCCUAACAAUACAGUGGUACGUAAAGACCCUAACGAUAAUCUCUUGGAGACAUUAACAGAGGCGAGUCCAUACAUCAUUUACGGCGUACUACCAAAUAACACAAUAAUCCGCAGAUUUCCUAAUGGAACUAGAGUGCCUCAAAUCAUGCAAAAAAUUGACGUACUACCAAUCAGCCCAUGGAGUUUGAGGAAUCCAUACAGCCCCAUCCAUAACAUUCCAGCCAUUGUAAGACCACAAUCUAACCCCAUCCAAGACUCCUCUAAUACUGUGUCAAUCAUAGACACCUCUUAUAACGAAAAGGGAACAAGUUUAACUGCCGACACUGUAAAUAACCUUGAAUCAAUGACGAAACAAAUUCGAACUGAAAAACCAAAAGAUGCCAAUGGAAAUACAAUAUUUAAGUUUAUACCAAUCGAAGACGUAACAGUUACUCCACAAGAUUCAAAUGUUUUGAAACUAGCCUCACCAAAGAACUCUAAAGCUACCGACAAAAAUAACCAAAUUACUACAGUGUCUGCUACCACCGAACUUCAUACACAAACUCCACAAGUACAAAACAAUCUCAACAACAACAUCGAAGUAUCAACUAGUUUGGUGGAAGACGCUGUUGGCACACCUUUAGAAACUACAUCUGAAAGUAUUAGCGAAAGACCACAAAUAAUUAUCACAACAGUAAAUACAGAUGCUACCACAGAAAACCAAAAAUACUCAACAGUAAUUCAAACUGUACCAUCUACAAUAUCAGUUCCAGACACGACAACUGAAUCCUUUACUGCUAAAACUACAACAUUAAUUUCUACAACAGAUUUAGCAUCAGUUAGCAGUAUUCAGGAAAUUGUUGAAUUACCAACAAAUCCUUCCACUAGUCCCAUUCCAUCAAUUUCUGAAACACCCACCGCGUUACCAAUAUCAACAUCUGACCCUCAAAACACCCCAUUUGCCCUACAGACAGAACGAAUUCCAAAAAAAAUUCCUGGCUUUGACAAUAAUAAAUAUGUAAAUGCUCAGGUAGAAGAGAAUGCAAAAUUAUUGCAAGCACUUUUAUUGGCAACAUCAGAUGAAAAUCAGAGUAGUAAAAAAAAAAUAAAAGUUGGUAUGAAAGAAGAGUCAACGACAAGUAGAUCUUUAGAGGAAGAAUUAAAACAAUUUGAAGAAGAUACCAAGCUGUUAAAAGCACUUUUACAAGCUACGGGUAGGAGUCCUGACUCUCUAAAAAUAUCUUCGUUAAAUGAUAUAAAGGCUAUCGUCACAACUACUCCAACUGAAAGACCCACAACUCAACAAACAACUACUACACAAAGAAUACUGUCAACUAUACAAACAACAACUCAAUCAAAAAUUCAAGCAACAAUAACAACACCAUCAUCAAUUGAUAACGAUAUCAAAAAACUUCAAGAGGAUACUCUAUUACUGCAAGCAUUACUUAAAGCUGCCGGUACGAAAAACGAACAAAAUAUACCAAUUAUAUCUGGAUUAACUUCAAAUGUGAGAAUGUCUUCUAAAAUAUUAAAUUCUUCCACAAAAUCUAUACCGACAACACCAUUAAAUAUAAGGCCCGUUUAUACAACAACACCAUCGUCUAUGUCAACAUCUAUGAAAUCUCAAGGUAUUACAGUAUCUACUUUGCAGCCUAGUACUGAAGACAUUAGAAUAUCAACGACCUACCAACCUGUGACUACAAAAAAUAUUGCAUCACCUUUAACCACAACUAUUAGGCCUGAUACGACGACCGAAAUACCGAGCAGCUCUACAUUUUCUGACGAAGAGGAUUUACAAUUUUUACAAAACCUGAAAUCUGUUCUUAGCACAAAUAAUAAUAAUAUGGACCCUGAGACUGCACUUGCAAACCGUGUUAUAGCUUUAGCUGUUGAGCGAAGUUUGAGUGAUAUACAAGUAGGAAAAAAUGCAGAACCAACAAAGGUAAUAACGUCAACCACACCCACCACUACCAUAAGAACUACAACAACACGCUUAACUACAACAACAUCUCGUCCAAACAUUCCAUCUAUUGAGGAAGAUAUUAAACAAUUUGAACAAGAUACAAAACUUCUCCAAGCACUUUUAAAAGCAACUGGUCAGGAUCCGUCGAAACUAAACUUGCCAACGUUGCCGAUUUUAAAUACACCUGCUUUAGAAAAAAUAAAUCCCAAUAACAGAGGCACAGCAACAGCGACAGUGAAGCCAUAUGGUGCACAAAUUGCAGUCAAAGAUGAACUUCGUAAUGAAAGUGAUGAUGCCAAGCUACUACAAACGCUGAAACAACUUCAAGAUGUUCAAGAAACUACCACAACAAGGAGUAAAUUAGCUAUAACAGGUCAAACUUCCGACGAAGCUUUGAAAAAAUUGAUUAACAAGGGCCAGAAUCCGGGUAUGGUAUCAGAAGCAACGAAAUCUUCGGCUUCCUUGAGCACAGAGUACGGAAAUACCAACGAUGCAUUGUUAGCAGCUUUACUGAAGGAGCAAGGUUUCGGUCCAACUACGGCAAGUUCUUUGGAUGAGCAACUACGUCUUGCUGCUUUAUUGAACCAAGUGGUGGUAACGCCGAAAGUAAGGCGAACAACGACCCUUCCACCGCCUCCACCGGCACCAAGACGUCCGAUCUUGGAUGGUCUUGCGUGGCUGUGGCAGCAGUGGCGGGAAACUGGCCCUGGAUCCGCACCUCCGAGACCUAGUAGACCAGCACCAUCAGACAAACCGCAGACUCCGUCCACAGCAACGAGCUCCAGAGUUAACUGGUUCGGGUCUGGGCCAUUCGUCGGUAAUGCUGACGAAAGGCCCGCUUCAAACAGAAUUCCUCUGGAGCCCCCUAGUGCAGUCUCACAGGGUCCCGGCAGGGGUCAAUUAGUUUCAGCGGCCAUCAAUGUUACAAGGGCAUUUUCGCAGUUCUUAGGAGCAGCAAUACAGGGAGCGGCAAAAACGGUUCAAAACGUGUUCCGGGCCGGACAGCAAGCGGCAACAGACGUGUACAGCAACGGCUCAGGACCGGCUUAGUGUUGUAAUGGACUUGAAACUUUUCCGAAAGUGAUUUAGUACGCACUGUGUUGCGAAUGUAAAUAUACUGUAACUGCUUAUUGUGUCAUUUUUAGGUUCGGAAUAGCGGUGUUUUGUAAAUAAAUUGGUGGCGAGAUUACAGUUCAAGAUGUGAUUGUGAUGUUAAAUAGUUGCUUUAGAAUAAUUUCUUCUGACUAUUUUGAAUAUUCUUGCUGAAUUUUAAACAUUCUUUGAACAGACCUAAAUCAGAUAAAUAAGGGAAGGCCAUAAGCAAUUUAAUAAUUAUUUUUAAGAUUUAGAGCUUGACUUAGAGCUUGGAAUAAAAUAUGCAAUGGAAACCUAGGUGGGAUCUUAAAUUUUUGAAAUACGUCUUGGCGUAGGUAUAUGAAGGCUGAGGUUGCAAUCUAAAGAGCGUACUUUUUUUUUAUGAAAAUAAGCGAGAAGACGAGCAGGACGUUCAGCUGAUGGUAAUUGAUACGCCCUACCCAUUACAAUGCAAUGCCGCUCAGGAUUCUUGAAAAAUUCAAAAAUUCUGAGCGGCACCACAAACGCGCUCGUUACCUUGAGACGUAAGAUGAUUAGUCUCAUUUGCCCAGUAAUUUCACUAGCUACGGCGCCUAACAGACGGAAACACAGUAAUUUUUACAUAUUACUGCUUCACGGCAGAAACAGGCGCCGUUGUGGUACCCAUAAUCUAGCCGGCUUCCUGUGCAAAGGAGCCUCCCACUGGUGGCUUUGGCUUUGCUCAAACUUUACAUACGUAAAACUUAGCUUAUGAUUUUUCGGUAUCUAAUGACUAUAAAAACGAAAUCCAAGAUUAUGCUGAGCUUACACUCAGCCAAGUAUUUUCGUAAGUAAAGUCUGAGCAAAGUCUAAAUACGCUCUGUAGAUCUCAGCCUGAAUCCGUUUAAUAUUUAGAUUCAGUAGUUCAUUUGGAAAUGAUACAAUUUAAUUGAAUCAAUAUAUCUUCUUGUUAUUGACAAUAUAUUAGUUAUACGUGAUUUCUAGGCUAGGUAAAUAUAGAAAAAUCACCGUGUUUCUUGAUAAACAACGAAAUCUUGUAUCGUUCUUGACGAAAAAUCGCGCAUAACGAAAAAUUUCGAUAUUAAUCUUCUAAAUAGUAUUUGGCACUAUCAGUGUAUACGUCUAUUGUUAUUCCGAAACGAAUCGAACCGAACGAUUAAAAUAUUUAGAAAUGCUACUAAUACUUAAGGGUCGCGUAAAAUAUACAAAACUGUGACUCUUAACGGCCUUACAAGUAAAAUUUAUACCUGAAAAUAAUAUGCAAAAUGUUUACAAAUAGACAAUUUGCUUAUGAUUGGUUUAUUCGGACGUAUAACGUUUCCCGCGCUUAUUUGCAAGACGGCUUGACAUUCGGACAACUUCAGAAUUAUCAUUGAACUGACAGUGCUGUCAGCGAUAUACGGCCGUUUUCAAUAACGUAUCUCUAGUUACGGAUACAUUUCUGCCACCGUUUAAUGACAAGAUCUUAACUAUCCGUAGUUAUGUCCAAUAUAGUUAUAGUCCAAUGCUUUAUGUCGACAGGAUAUUGAAAUGUAAGUAAGCAUAAAAUGAUAGAUUUUUCUACCUCUAGUAAGUUAAACUAAGGAUAGAUAGUUUAUUGAAAACAGCCGUUCGUCAACAUUUUGCAUAUUAUUGGUUUAUUCUCUUGUAUAACUUUUUACCAAGUUUAUUUGUAAGUCCGUUAUAAUUUAGUAUCCAUUAAAAUAUCGUGGAAUAAUAAAAUAAUUUUUAAAUAAUAGUGCCAUUUUACACGUGCUUACAAGCUUCUUUCAAAAUAUUCUUACAAUAUUUAAUUUCUUAUAUAUAUUAUAUUAUACUGUAAUAUUUAAAGUAUAUAUAAUCCUAAGAAUAGUGAGAGAAUAAGAGAUUAACUGAUCGUCUGGCAUAAGAUAUUAAUUACUUUUGAAAUAUGGAAACAGCGUAUGUUGCAAAAUUUAAAAGAUGACAUUGAGUGUCAAGAUGCCACGCAAACAAGCAUCUAAUAAGUAGCUAAAAAGCUAUUGUUCGGUAGUGCGGUAUCUAGUUGGAGCGCAGCGGAGACGAAUCCUUAAUCUAAGGUUAUAUAUAUUUUUUUAAAUUAGUAAAAGCUUCAUUCAUAUUUUGCUAUAGUGAAAUUUUAUUUAUUUCAAAACAUCUAAAUAAAACACCCAUUUUCUAAGACAAAGAGUUCCUUCAGCGUUUACUUAAGUCUUAAUAAAUGAACAUGUAAAUUUAAAAUUAGCUGUAACUUUAUGUAUAUUAAUAUUGUUGGUUUAAACACGUUAAAUUAUUAAAAAGUUUUAAUAUAAGUACUUAUUAAUAAAAAUUGUUAAUAAAAGUCAGUCACUUUAGCUACUAAUGUUAAUAUAUAUUUUAUUUUAUUUGUAAUUUUUGUUCUUUUGGUUUUUGGUAUAAAGAAAAAUAUGUCUAAAAACUAAUUAUGUUAUAGGUUAUAUGUUGCGGGUGUAGCUUAACUGGACGUAGUUCCUGAAAGACGUUCCAAGGCACAAACAUCACAUUUUAAGGAAUUCGUGCUUAAAGUUUAAUAAAUAUUAAUGUAUUCCAUACAUGUGGGUUAGGCUACUAAGUCAUUAUGUCAUUUAAAGAAUGACAGUAGGGCUGUCAUUUAAAGAAUGACAGUACGGCUGCCAUUUUUUGCCAGUCUGUUAGUAUGAAUCACGUGACCAGUUUAGUGUUCUAAACUCAAUUUCGACAUGAUUGUGGUUUGGAACGUUUUUAUGGAAUUAUGUCCAACUAUGAAAGUCACUUUUAUCUAAUAUUUUGUGCAAAUACGACUGAUAUUUCCUUAAUACAUAAUGCUUUUUAUAUGACGUUACUGUGUAUGUAGUAUUUGCAAUAAGAAUAUACUAUGUUUUAUGUGUUUAAAUGAAUAAUGUAUAGUAGCAAUAAAUUAAUUUAUAAUAAA